GCGUCUGCUUCCACCCGCGAAACCGCCGGACUGGCGUGAGGGAUGCCAGCAGUGCCAGCCCAGCUGGUGGGAGGACUUCUGGCAUUGGCGCUUGGCAGAGCUUCAUGGUGGAUCUGGCCGGCAAAUCAAUCCGCCUACGGGAAUGGAGUGGGAGUGGGGCAACUCCCGCAACUACACGGAUUGGUACCAAGCGAGUGCUGAGUUCGUGCAAGACUUGGUGCGUCCCUACGCCGAUCCCACGCUGGGUCCGGUGCUCCACGUGGGCUGCGGCGAUGCGCCCGUGCCGGAGCACUUGCACGCGGCAGGCUUUCCCUCCUCAGAGCACAUCGACAUUGCGCCGGAGGUCAUUGCCCGGAUGCGCGACACCUACCCGGCCGAGCAGUGGCCAGGCUUCAGCUUCCAGGUCCGUGACUUCCUAACUCAGGGCGCCCCACCGCCGAAGGGCCGCUUUUGCGCCGUGUUGGAUAAGGCUGGGAUUUGGGAUUGGCUUCAAGAAGAGGCUCCGCACAUGUUGCCACAUUUGUUGGAGUUGGUGCAGCAAGCCUUGGUGCCCUCGGAUGGUGUCUACAUCAUCGCCACGAAGCUCGGUCCUCCAGAGCUGGCAGCCUUGCUGGGACACCUCACCCGCCUCGGUGGCCCCGAGCAUGUGGGCUUCCAUGCACCUCGGUCGCUUUGGGAGGGUUGGGAUAUAUGUUGGUAUACACAUCGCUCCCAGAACCACUGCUGA